UCUUCACUUCUCUGACAAACACUCAGGUUUCCACCGAAUGGCGAAAAUGUGCGAAAAACGGCCGAUCAGCAGCGAAUAAGACAGAAACAAGGGAAGGAAGAGAGAGAUUUAACACAAAUUAACCAUCAGAGACAGCUCGUCUGUUGUGGAGUCGUGGGACGGUGAAGGUUGUUUCCGGUCAGAGUGUUUUUGCGGGCAGCAGGAUGGGGAACAGCAGCAGUGACCGGUCCGGCGGUGGCCAGGGGGACAGGUCAUACAGGGACGGACAGCAGGGAGGGAAGGAAGCUCGUCCCAACAUCAUGAUGGACAGCGGAGAGGACGCGGACCUGUUCCAGAGAGAAGAUCCAAAGGCUCCACAGGAACUACAGGAAUUCCUGGCCUGGCAGCAGGACCUGGACAGUGACAGUAAAAGUCCUACACAAGCCAGACCAACUGUGUUCAGAUGGUCCGGAGUCGCCAAAGAAGUCUUUGUCUCUGGCUCCUUUAACAACUGGGUCACCAAGAUCCCCCUCAACAAAAGUCAGAAAAACUUUGUUGCUAUUGUGGACCUGCCGGAGGGAGAGCACCAGUACAAGUUCUGUGUGGACGGUCAGUGGAUCCUGGAUCCAACAGGGGCCGUGAUGACAUCUAAAACUGGAACAGUCAAUAAUGUUAUACAGGUGAAAAGAUCUGACUUUGAAGUCUUUGAUGCCCUCAGGAUUGACUCAGAGGAUUCAGCAGACAUCUCAGAUUUGUCCAGUUCCCCUCCUGGUCCCUACCAACAGGAUGCAUAUGUAACCAAACCAGAAGACAAGAUCAAACAUCCUCCUAUCUUACCUCCCCACUUGCUGCAGGUGCUGCUCAACAAGGACACUGGAAUCUCUUGUGACCCGACACUGCUUCCAGAACCUAACCAUGUGAUGCUCAAUCACCUGUACGCCCUCUCCAUCAAGGACGGGGUGAUGGUUCUCAGUGCAACACACCGAUACAAGAAGAAGUAUGUGACCACUCUUCUGUACAAGCCAAUAUAAUCCACAGAGGUGGGAUCCAGCCUCUUAUUUUAUAACAUUUUAUUGGUGUAUACAGCUGCUAUUUGGAUUGACUUGCUGAAACUGGACCUAAAUACCUUUCUAAUGUCAGUGUAAAACAUUUGCCAAAGCUGUUUGUUACCAUUGUGUUGUCUGAAAAUUUGCAAAUGUUAUGCCUAAUUUUUGUAUUUAUGUAUAGAUCUCUGUGAUCAGGUUCUAUCUAAAUACCCAAGAUGACAAGAUCAGGUGAAUGUUUAUGUCCAUUCUAAUUUCACUUGGUUUGUAAGUAGAAGUAUGGUUGAAGAAAAGACCAAACAUGAAACUUUUCCCUUGUGGCUCUGGUUCAGUUAGUACAAAGUCAGGGUUCCAGUGAGCCUUUAUGUAAGUGACCUGGAACUAUGAGAGACUGUGACUGGAUAAUAUAAACUAUGGUAUAGUUAGAUAAACACAGCUGCAAUCUCUGCUAUAUAAACUCUACAUAUGUGAGCAAACAGCCACCAGGAUGGUGAAAUGUUAAAAUCCAACAGGAAACCUCACAUUGAGAGUCUCACUACUUUAUUUCAAUCUGAUUCCUUUGCACAAAAUCAGCCUCCUUUUACAUCUGAUUUUAAAAAUCAAAAAGACAUUAAACUUUUUGAGAAGAAACAAGAAAUCCUCCCAUAUUUUCUCUGUGUUGCGUCACUCAGUUGGAACAGUGGACUUUGGUGUCUAGGUUUUUGUAUUCAGGGUUGUAUUCAGUUUGAGCAAGGCACUCAGCCGCCACACGAUCGCACUCACAUACAGCAGCCUGGCACUUAUUGUUGGCACCUGCAGAGAGAGAAGCCUGAGUCAGCACAAGAGCAGACAGCUGCAUGAUCUUAACAACACAAACACAACAUAAUAGACAUACUCUGGUUAUAAUGCCAGUGUGAGAAUAUAUUGACGACAGUGAGUGCUCUCUCCACUGUUAUUCAAGCUUCAAUCCCAAACUGCGUAAUGCCUAUAUAUAGCUGUUGAAAUAUACAGUAUUUAUACACAGGGCCACAAGUGCAGCCUUGCUUAAUUUACACUAAAGCUAAGUCUACUAUUCACUGAAUGCUGCCAGUGCUGGCAAACUGGAAAAUGCUUUAAAGGCUGUAGACAUGAGAAACCUCUACAGUACUUCUACUGUAUUUAAAUGAUCAAAAAUGUCAUUAUUUUACAGAUAUUUGCUGUUUGUUGGAAAAAAAACUAUGUAUACCCAGGACUGGAUAAUGGUAAAGCUGUUAUUUCACAGAUUUUCUCUGUUUUGUUAAGCUGCAGAUAAUAACUAAACAAAAGUGUUAAAAAAUUAUUAAAUUCCACUUUCCCUUUAAAAACCCCCCAAAAAACAGGUCAUCAUUGUGAAUGAUGUCCCCUCAAAAAUCUGCAUUUUUGUAAUUUUUUUCAGCAUUUUUUGGGGGGACUUUAAAAAAAAACAUCUACACUGUAUUUUAAUAUUAAAUAUUACUAAUAAAUUGACAGUAUAUACCUCAUCAGA